UCGCAUAGCCCCUUUUACGUUCCGACCCGGUCCCGCCUCCUCGGGGGGCUGGGCGAUGGACGGGAAAGGGCCGGAGCCGUUAAAGGGAGGCCGGCCAGGAGUCUGGCUCCGUCUGCCUUGCCGCCUUGUCCUCUCAGCCCGGGUACGGCGGAGGACGCGCCUCGGGGCCUCAUCGUGUGGGGCGGCGCAAACCGAGAGGUUUGGAAAAGUUUUUUGAACCAGAAACCAAGAGCUGCUCCAGAAUAGAAGGACUUAAGAAGUGCACUCAAAGCAGCUUGGCCUGAAAGCAGAAAGCGGGAAGACAGUUACAGAACAGUCCUGUUGGGGAUCGAAGAGCUGCUGUAUGUAUCCACAUAUGUGAUUGACUUGCUCAGGGAAGCUGAAGCACCCGUCUCCAGAAAUGUCCUUGGAAAGUAAAGAACAACAAGUCCUUUCACCCAGGGACUCAGCUGAAGAAAAUGACCAAUAUUGUCUUCAGUCUAGGAUCCAUCUGGAGCCUCAGAUGGAAUCAAGUACUGACUUCAGGCAAUUUAGGACCAGUGAUCGAUGCAUACCUCAUUGUAGGAUCCAUAUGGAGCCUCAAGAGAAAUCAAAUACUGACUUCAAGCAGUUUAUCAUCAAAAAGCUACAGAAGACUUGCCGGUGUGGCCCAGCCAAAGCAAAAAACAUGAUUUUUGAUUUCCUUCCUGUUUUGCGGUGGCUUCCAAAAUAUGAUCUGAAGAAAGACAUUUUAGGAGAUUUGAUGUCUGGUUUGAUCGUGGGCAUCUUAUUGGUGCCUCAGUCUAUUGCUUAUUCUCUCUUGGCUGGCCAAGAACCCAUCUAUGGUCUGUACACGUCCUUUUUUGCCAGCAUAAUUUAUUUCCUAUUAGGUACCUCCCGUCACAUCUCUGUGGGCAUUUUUGGAGUAUUGUGCCUUAUGAUUGGUGAGGUAGUUGACCGAGAACUACACAAAGCUGGCUAUGACACUGCCCAUAUUGCUCUUUCUUUAGAGAUGUUUUCAAAUGAGAGCACAUCAUUAAACCACACAUUACGUGAGACAUGUGACAGAAGUUGCUACGCAAUUAUAGUUGGCAGCACUGUAACCUUUAUGGCUGGAGUUUAUCAGGUAGCGAUGGGCUUCUUUCAAGUGGGUUUUGUUUCUGUCUACCUCUCAGAUGCCUUGCUGAGUGGAUUUGUCACCGGUGCCUCCUUCACUAUUCUUACAUCUCAGGCCAAGUAUCUCCUUGGGCUCAGACUUCCUCGGAGUAAUGGUGUGGGCUCACUUAUCACUACCUGGAUACAUAUCUUCAGAAACAUCCAUAAGACCAAUCUCUGUGAUCUCAUCACCAGCCUUUUGUGCUUUUUGGUUCUUUUGCCAACCAAAGAACUCAACGAGCACUUCAAGUCCAAGCUUAAGGCACCAGUUCCUACUGAACUCUUUGUAGUUAUAGCAGCCACAUUAGCCUCUCAUUUUGGAAAACUAAAUGAAAAGUACAACUCUAGUAUUUCUGGACAUAUUCCCACUGGGUUUAUGCCUCCCAAAGCACCAGACUGGAACUUAAUUCCUAGUGUGGCUGUAGAUGCAAUAGCUAUUUCUAUCAUUGGUUUUGCUAUCACUGUAUCACUUUCUGAGAUGUUUGCCAAGAAACAUGGCUACACAGUUAAAGCAAAUCAGGAAAUGUAUGCCAUCGGCUUUUGCAAUAUCAUCCCUUCCUUUUUCCACUGCUUUACUACUAGCGCAGCUCUUGCAAAGACAUUGGUUAAAGAAUCAACAGGCUGCCGAAGUCAGCUUUCUGGUGUGGUGACAGCCCUGGUUCUUUUGUUGGUCCUCCUAGUAGUAGCUCCUUUAUUCUAUUCCCUUCAGAAAAGUGUCCUUGCUGUGAUCACUAUUGUAAAUCUCCGGGGAGCCCUACUUAAAUUUAAGGAUCUGCCCCAGAUGUGGAGGCUUAGCAGAAUGGAUACAGUUAUCUGGUUUGUUACUAUGCUGUCCUCUGCACUGCUAAGUACGGAAAUAGGCCUGCUUUUUGGAGUUUGUUUCUCUAUGUUUUGUGUCAUUCUCCGCACUCAGAAGCCAAAGAGUUCAUUGCUUGGCCUGGUGGAAGAUACUGAAAUCUUUGAAUCCACGUCUGUUUACCAGAACCUUCAGACUAAGCCAGGAAUCAAGAUUUUCCGCUUUGUAGCUCCUCUCUACUACAUAAACAAAGAAUGUUUUAAAUCUGCUUUAUACAAAAAAACUCUGAACCCAGUCUUAAUAAAGGCAGCUCAGAGGAAGGCAGCAAAGAGGAAGAUCAAAGAGGAAACAGUGACUCUCAAGGGAAUGCGGGAUGAAGUUCCAGUGCAUCUUUCCCAUUAUCCCCUGGAGGUCCACACAAUCGUGAUUGACUGCAGUGCAAUACAAUUUUUAGAUACAGCAGGGAUCCACACACUGAAAGAAGUUCGCAGAGAUUAUGAAGCAGUUGGUAUUCAGGUUCUGCUGGCUCAGUGCAAUCCCUCUGUAAGGGAUUCCCUGGCCAGCGGAGAGUACUGCAAAAAGGAAGAAGAAAAUCUUCUCUUCUAUAGUGUGUAUGAAGCGAUGGUUUUUGCAGUGGAAUCUCAAAAUCAGAAAGGAAUGUGUGUUCCCAAUGGUCUGAGUGUUUUCAGUGACUGAGUAAGAAAGUACAUGGAAGGAAGAAAAAUGUCUAGCCAGUAGGUUAAAAUAUUUACUUCCGUGGUAGAAAAUGUUGCACACUUAAAAUUUUAAACUAUUGGCUAGAUGUUAUUCUUUCUUUGAAGCUAAUGGCCUUUGUAUGGAGCCCUGGUGGCACACUUUGUAUAUACAUAAAUGCAGUAGAACUCAUAAUUAGACACAAUCAAAGAUAAAAUCUUUUGGCUUCAAGCUUUAGCGCAGAUA